GCGAUGCUGAGCAAUUUUAUACUAACUGUUCCACAUUAGCUCAGGAACUCGCCUUUGACCAGAUGCAAUGAAACUGUGUGGGCGUAGAAAUUGUUACAAAACCGUCACAGUCGUUUCCCAGCCCAAAUAAAGUGUGGUACAUUCUGAUACGGAAAUAGCCAGAAGAACUCAAUAGUCUGAUCUCAGAAGUCCUAAGCUAGAAGAAAACGAAGUAAGAUUAUCUACUAAAUGCCGAGAAGAUGUGUAUUUUUUUAUAUCGAUAGGUUUACUCAACUUUGUAUCCAUUAAAAGAUAUAUCCUCUCAAACAAUAAUAAUAAAAUACAGAAUUAAUGAAGCGUUAUAACAAACUCAUUGGUUAACGAGUAUAAUUGUGUGUUAUUAUAAAUCAGCUGAGAUAAAUCAUUUCCUCAAAUUAGUAACUUAUAUUAGAUAGACUAAGUAAUGAAUGUUCUUAUUUAUAACCUUAAAGUCGUGUAUUUUUUACUUAUUUGUAGUAUAGAAUCUUAUAUUAUACCAAUUCAGGAUAUUUAUUCUGAAGAGGGCAAGGGAUCGGUGAAACAGAUACCAAAAAACAUAAAACACAGUAAAGGAUAUCCAUAUUUUGAAAGCUCUCGAAAGCUUAGAAGAAGUCGAGAUGUAUUAGAUUAUGAGUACAACAUUUUUACUCCAGAGUUUAAAGUACAAUCUUACCAGACAAAAAGUUAUGCCUAUGAAGAGUUUAUUCAAAAUGAGGAAGAUGAAUUACAACUACCGCGUGGUUUCGUUGAAAAAAAUGAAAUAGACAUAAAAAACACAAUAAACAGUCCAUUACAAAUAAUAAAGCAUUCGCAAACACAAAAAAUGUGUGCAGAAGAGGUGAAAUUUACCAACGAUAUUGCAGCUUUAUUCCACCAACAGAUAGACAUUCCAAGGAGUAUAUUUCCUCUUUGUUGUAAAACACUGGCUCCUAAAAUUAGGACAACAGAGUGCACUACACCACUAGAAACAAAAUUAACUUCUGAAACCAUCCCAUUGCAUUUCAGUACUCAAACAUCAUCAUCUAAUAAAGCACCGUCUACAACACCAAUAGAGGAAUUAUCAACUGCACUUGUUGCCUUGACAACAGUAACAAACACGUUUAUUUUCGUCAGUAGUCAAGCUGUUUUGAAUAUAAUGCUGCAUGUAAACUGUGAUGACCAUGGGACGAGUGAGCUCAGCGUUUUCAAUCCCACAGAGCAUAAAGUAACAGGUCAGUUAAGCAUGAAAUCAACUGUUCAGUCACACGCUCAAACAACGCAGACAAACUGUUUGGACAAUAGUUUGAAUGUGGCUUUAGAUACUAAUCAACUGAGCUGUCUGCAGGAGGAAACUGUGCAGAAGAGGACCGAAAAUAAUCCUUUUAAAUAUCAAGAUUCGUCUAUGAAACAUAAGACAAUUCCUUCUUUUGAAAAGGCAUCCCAAAAUGCAAUGUCAACAAGCAAUACAAAGAAGAUGACGACCUGUCAGUACAUUCCAAUAUCCAAGAAAAGAAAAGAAAUGUAUACUUGUGAUCACUUGGAAAUAACAGAUAAAAGCGACACUGAAAUUAAUAGCUUUCAGACAUUACGAUCAACUAAAACUAUUAAAGAAAAGAAAAGAACAGAGCACAAAGUUAUUACCAAAGGAUCAAAGCACUUGAAAACUGCACAUCACCAUGCACUGGGGCCACGCCCUUUGCAGCCUAAAGAUAUCACAAUAAAGGUUUCACGAUUCCCUCUAUUAUCUCGACAACCCAAAAUGCCUUUAUUUUUGUGCCAAAUCUCUAGUAACCUGUGUAAUCGUGCCCAUACUGUACCGUUAAAUUGUGAAAAUACUUUAAAAUCCACUUCAAGUACAUCACCUGAGGAUAUCUUUAAAAACAUAAUACCUCAUUUUAUUAAACAAAUGCCAACGGUCCCACUGCUACCCGCCGGGGGAAAUAUAAUUAAAGAAAGAUUUCGUACCACAGAGGAAAGAGAAAUAUCACAGGAAAUCACUAAAUCGGAAAUUGUAACGUUUACUGAACCUUUCAAUACUGGAAGCAAAACUUCACAAAUUACAGAAUUGGAAAACGGAGAUACCUCCGAAGACACAUUAUCAUACAGUGAAAUGUUUACUGAAACUGAAAACGUUGGUGAUAGCUCAGAAAAUAAAGAAGUUUUUGGAUCUUCAACUCCUGAAACCAUUAAUAUUUUUACAGCAGUAGGAAAUAUUAGUAAUAACAAAUAUGAUAAUGAAGAAUUCACAGAGACAGGCUCAAUUGUAUUUACAGAAAACUCUGAAAGUGAGCAAUCAGGAAAAAUAGAAUACACACCUUUAACAGGACCACCCUUGCAAAUAACUUCACUAGAAGAAGAGUCCUCUGUCUCUUUGAGAGAAGAAACAGAUGAGUCAACUACAUCACUAAAGAACAUUUUUGAUAACAAUCAUUCACUAGAAGUGAGGGGAUCGACAGAUAUACCAAACGAAUAUUUGAGUACUGUGAUAUCAAUGGGAGUUGAGCUUCCAAUUUCUUCGUCAGAGGAAACCAACGGGUUUACUUCUAUGGAAGAAGAGAAUGAAAGUGAGCCACUUACAGAACUAGAAAACAAAACACCCUCAAAAGAAGAACUUGACUUAUCGAUACCUAUAGAAGGAAUAUAUAGAAAUGAAACACCAGUAACAAUAGAUGUAUUAUCACUUUUAACAGAAGGAACUUCAAAGGAUUUGAUCUCAACAAUGAGCAUGUCUAUAGCCUAUUCGAAUGUAUUAGGGACAGGUUUAACGUCUGCAAAGGAGAAUACUGAAACUAAGACAUCAGUAGAAGUAGAAGAAUCAAACACUUUAACACAAGAGAUUUCAGAGUCUUUGGCAUCAGGUUCAUUUCAACCAUCUACGACUGAAGAAACAAAACACCAUUUAGAACACAAAUCUAAAUCCAAGCCACCGACGAAUAUAGAAGAGAUAACCCAAUUAAGAAAUGAAACGCCAGAGUCUCUUAGCUCUGAAGAAAAUAUGUCUAGAGACAGUUCCACUGAAGCGUCAAAUGGUUUGACUACAGAGACAAUGUCCUAUAUAGAAAAUGAGUUUGAAACCAAUCCGUCGUACGAAAUGGAACAAUCGACGCAACUAAGAAAAGAAACAUCAAAAACUUCAGACUCUCUUAAAUCUACAGCUAUGACACAACUAAAAUCAGAGAUAACAACGAAUUUAAAACAAGAGACUUCAGAGGGUUCGGUCUCACAAUCAUUUGAAUCGUCAGCAUCUUCAACUGAAGAAACAAUAAACAAUAAAAAAAACAAGUCAGAAUCCGAACCAUCAACAGAAAUAGAAGAGUCAACCGAAUUCAGAGAAGGAACAUCAGAGACUUUAAGGUUUAUGGAAUUAAUUUCUAGAGCCAGUACCACUGAAUCAUCAGAUGGUUUUACACCCUUAUUGGAGAAUAAAUCUGAAGCUAUGACAUCAGUAGAAUCGGAGAUAUCAACAAAUUUAACACGAGAGAAUUCAGAGAGUUCGGUUUCAGAAUCAUUUGAAUUAUCAGCACCUUCAACUGAAGAAACAAUAAACUAUAUAGAAAACAAGUCAGAAUCCGAACCAUCAACAGAAAUAGAAGAGUCAACCGAAUUCAGAGAAGGAACAUCAGAGACUUUAAGGUUUAUGGAAUUAAUUUCUAGAGCCAGUUCCACUGAAUCAUCAGAUGGGUUUACACCCUUAUUGGAGAAUAAAUCUGUAGCUAUGGCAUCAGUAGAAUCGGAGAUAUCAACAAAUUUAACACCAGAGAAUUCAGAGAGUUCGGUUUCAGAAUCAUUUGAAUCAUCAGCAUCUUCAACUGAAGAAACAAUAAACUAUAUAGAAAACAAGUCAGAAUCCGAACCAUCAACAGAAAUAGAAGAGUCAACCGAAUUCAGAGAAGGAACAUCAGAGACUUUAAGGUUUAUGGAAUUAAUUUCUAGAGCCAGUACCACUGAAUCAUCAGAUGGUUUUACACCCUUAUUGGAGAAUAAAUCUGAAGCUAUGACAUCAGUAGAAUCGGAGAUAUCAACAAAUUUAACACCAGAGAACUCAGAGAGUUCGGUUUCAGAAUCAUUUGAAUCAUCAGCAUCUUCAACUGAAAAAACAGUAAACUAUAUAGAAAACAAGUCGAAAUCCGAACCAUCAACAGAAAUAGAAGUGUCAACGAAAUUAAAAGAAGAAACGUCAGAGACUUUAAGCUCUAGGGAAUUAAUUUCUAGAGCCAGUUCCACUGAAUCGCCAAAAGUUUUUACUCCCAUAAUGGAGAAUACAUCUGAAGCUAAGACAUCAGUAGAAUCGGAGAUAUCAACAAAUUUAACACAAGAGACUUCAGAGGGUUCAGUUUCAGAAUCAUUUGAAAUCAUCAGCAUCUUCAACUGAAGAAACAAUAAACUCCAAACGAAAAGAGUUUGAGUCCAAGCCCUCGACAGAAAUAGAAGAGCCGACCCAACUAAAAGAAGAAACACCAGAGACUUUAAGCUCUAUGGAAUACAUUUCUAGUGUCAGUUCCACCGAAGCAUCAAAUGAUGUUACACCCUUAAUUGAGAAUAAAUCUGAAGCUAUUAAAUCAGUAGAAUCAGAUAAAAUAACAAAUUUAAUACGAGAGACUUCAGAGGGUUCUGUUUCAGAAUCAUUUAAAUCAUCAGCAUUUUCAACUAAAGAAACAAUAAACUCCAAAGGAAAAGAGUUUGAAUCCAAGCUAUCGACAGAAAUAGAAGAGUCGACCCAAUUAAAAGAAGAAACAUCAGAGACUUUAAGCUCAAAAGAAUACAUGUCUAUGGUUAGUUCAAUUGAAGCAGGAACUUUCUCAACUGAGAAUAAAUCCGUAUCUUUAACCACAGCAGAAUCGGAAAAACUAACAAUUUUAAUACAAGAGACUUCUGAGCCUCUGCCCCCAGUAUCUCUUAAAUCUUCUGUAUUUUCAACUGAAGAAUCAAAAAGUUUAAAGCGUAUAGAAAAUAGGUUUGAAACCAAGCCAUCGGUAAAAAUUGAAGUAUCGACCCCGUUUCAAGAAGAAACAUCACAAAAUUUGAGUUCAGAAGAAAAAGUGUCCACGACUGGUUCUAGUAAUGUUAAAACUGUUUUAACUUCCUCAAUGGCAAAUAAAUCAGUAACAAUAACAUCAGUAAACGCAGAAAAAUCAACAAAUUUAACACAAGAGACUUUGUUUUCAGUAUUAUUUGAAUCUUCAGUAUUUUCCACUGAAAAAUCAAGUAGUUUAAAGCGUAUAGAAAAUAGGCUUGAAUCAAAACCAUCGACAAAUAUAAAAGUAUCGACCCCGUUAGAAAAAGGAACAGAGAUUUUGAACUCAGAAGAAAGCAAGUCUAUUGUCAGUUUCAUUGUAACAGAAAAUGGUUUAACUCCUUCAAUAGAGAACAAAGAUGGAACAAUAACGUCGGCAGAUAAAGAAGAAGCAACCAAUUCAACUCAAGAGAUUUCAGAGGCUUUGGUCUCAGUAUUGUUCAAACCGUCAGCAACUUCAACUGAAGAAUCAAAAACCAUUGUAGAAAAUAAGUUUGGACCCAAGCCCACAGUAGAAGUAGGGGAAUUAACCCAAUUAAGACAAGGGACGUUAGAGACUUUUACCUCAGAAACAAACAUGUCUAUGAUACGCCCAAUUGAAACAAUAACUGGUUUAACUUCCUCGACAGAAAAUAAAUCGAACACUACGACACCAGCAGAAAUAGAUGGAUCAACACACUUAAAACAGGAUACGUCAGAGGCUUUGCUUUUAGUAUCAUUUAAUUCCUCGCCUUUUUCAACUGAAGAACCAAAAGGUUUAAACCAUACCAAAAAUAAGCUUGAAUCCAAGCCAUCAGCUGAAAUUGAAAGAUCGACCCAAUUAAGAGAAGAAUAUACACAGGCUUUGAGUUCAGAAUAUAUUGUGUCUGCAGUUUCUUCAACUGGUAAAACGGAUGAAUUAGCAUCUCCUUUGGGAAUUAAUUCAGCUAAUUUAACACAAGAAACAUCAGAGACUAUGUUCUUAAAAACAUUAAAAUUUGCUAUAUCUUCUACUGAAGAAAAAAACGGAUUGAGCAUGGAGAAUAUGUCAAAAACUUACUCGACAGAAGAAAGAGUAUCAACUCACGUUACAGAACAAACUUUUGAAACAUUGAUCUCAGAAGUCGAUUUGUCUGCAAUUACGUCUACAGAAAACCCAAAUAAUAUAACCCCUUUCAUGAAAAAUGUAACUAAGCCUACAACAGAAAGAGAAGGAUUCACUCCCUUGAGCAAAGAAAUUUUAAAGACUUUACUCUCAGAAACAUCUGUAACAUCUUUAUAUUCUACUGAAGAAACUAAUGGUUCAAUAUCUUCUGUAAUAAAUAAGUCAAAAAGUAAGCCAUCAGAAGAAAUAGUAAUAUCAACUCAUAUAACAAAUAGCAUUCCAGAGAUUUUGCCCUCAAAAACACAUAUAUCUUUUAUAUCUUCAACUGAAAAGUUAAAUACUUCACCUUUGUCUCUAGAGUAUAGGUCUGAAACAAAACCUCCAAAUGAACUAGAUUUGACUCACGUAACAGAAGAAACUGCAGAGAUUUUCCUUUCAAAAACACUUAAAUCUUCUACAUCUUUAACUGAAGAAAUAAAUACUUUAGUCCCCAGUAUGAAUUAUAAGUCUGAAACUAAACCAUCAGCAGAAACAGCAGUAUCAACUAACUUAACACAAAUAACUUCAGAAACUUUGUUCUCAGAAUCAUUUGUAUCUUUAGUGUCUUUAACUGGAGGUAGAAAUGGUUCAACUUCCUUUUUGGAGAAUAAGUCUAAGACUACGUCAUUAUCAGAAAAAGAAGGAUCGACCAUGUUAACAGAAGAAUCUUCAGAGCUUUCUAUCUUUGCAGUUCCCUCAAAUAAAGUAACAAAUCGUUUAACCUCCCCUGUGGAUAAUAAGUAUGACAAGGUAUUAACAAACAUAGGAGGAUCAACUCUAUUAAGAGUAGGUACUUCGGAGGCCUUUAGUUCUGAGGCUGUUGUUUCUACAGCCUUUUCAUCUCAAAAACAAAACGGUUUAACGUCAUUUAAGAAGAAUGAGUCAGAAACCAAUCCAUCAGCAGAAAUAAAUGUAUCAACUCCAUUAAGAGAACAAAGUUCAAAGUCUUUGAUAUCGGAAACUGUAAUGUCGGCACUAACGUCAACUCAAGAAACAAAUAGAUUAGCAUCCUCUAUGGUCAAUAAAUCUGAAACCAAGACAUAUACACUAACAGGAGUAUCGACCCAAACAAGAGAGAAAACUUCAGAGGGUGUUGUCUUAGAAACGUUUAUAUCAUUAGUAUCUUCAACCAAAGAAACACAAGAUUUCACUCCAUUUGUGAAAAAUAAGUAUGAAACUAAACCGUCACCAGAAAUAAAAGGUUUUAUCCCAUCAACAGAAAAAACUUUAGCAAUUCCGUUUUCAGAACCAAUGAGAUCGUCAGUAUCCUUCUUAGAGAAAGUAAAUAGUCCAAUGUCUUCUGUCAUGGAAAGAUCUGGAGAGAGAACAGCAGAUAUAAAAUCAUCAAGCUACUUAACAAAAGAAUUUCCUGAGUCGCUGCUUACAGAAUCAAUGGGACAUUCAGUCUUUUCAGAGGAAGUAAGUGGUUCAGUCACUAAUAUAAAAAAGAAUUCAGUGGAAUUAGAAAAAUUUACCAAUUCAGUGAAAAAUACACUAAAUACAAAAAUUUCAGAAGUAAAUUCGGUCUCUAUGAUAGAGGAAACAAAUAGUUUAGGGUUUUCUCAGUUACAACACUCAAUCCAUACAUUUGUAGAAGAAUUCUCUGAAAAUAAAAAAACAGAAACACACCCUUUCCUAGAUCAUUUAUCCACACCUCUAACAUUCCAGAACAUUACAACUACUAAUAGAUCUGUAAAUACUUCCAUUUAUGAGGAAACAAACAUAUAUCCCAAGAAAACUACAAUCAAACAGGAUAAAACCAACAUUAUUGAAAUUUAUCAAGAAACUAGAAGUCCAAUUUUAGAAAAAUCUAUUAGUGUAGGUAAUCACACUUCGCCUCCUAUAAAUGAAAAUAUAAUUAAUGCAACAAACAAUGAAACCCAAUAUCCAGAAACCUCUUUUAAAAAACUCUAUUGGACUGAAAAUGAACACUCUUCAAUGACAACUAAUACUUUUUAUUCAUUAACACAAGAUCAUGAAAGUUCAAAAUAUAGUAAAAUUCUACCAAAUUCAGAGCUUUUUAAUAACGAAUCAUUGCUACAAUACAAGACAACUAAUCAAAUUGAAGAAACUUCAAAUAAUAAAUUAAAAACUGUGAACCCUAUUACUUCAACCAUUAAGACGUUUAAAAAUGAAUACAUAAUAGAUAAUUUUAGUACAAAAAGCUUUUCUGAGGUGAGGACUUCUGUAGUUGACUCUACAGAUCUAAAAUUUAAAGAGGUGCUCAAAAGUGAGCACAUAACAGAAGCAUUAGAAACAAAAACCUCAACAAAAGAGAAUGACGAAAAAUUAAUUCAGCUCAAAACAACAACAGAAAUUACAUCUAAGACGCAUGUAAGCGAGGAAAACUAUGCUGAAUCAGAUAGAGUAAAAAGAAUAAUUGACCUGGGAGGGGGAAAACUACAGUUUUAUAGUGGAAAUGAGUGGUUUGUGACCGAUAAAUCUCAGAUAUGGAUUUUUGAUAAUAGUACUAGUCAAGCAAUGAACGAAUCGUUUUUCAGAACUUCUGAAGAUAAAACUACAAAUAACUUUAAUGAAAAUAAAAGAAUUAUAGAAGAACUUAUGGAUAAACCACAGACCAAGGAUAUAUCUGAACAAAUGCCUUUUGAAUUGUUUAGUCAAAGCAUUUUAACAACAACAAACGAAAAUGAAGGGAAUUUUUCUAUAAAAUGGGGAGGAAUGAGUCUGACAAAUGAAGACUUGGUAGCAAUUUUCAAUUAUAAUUCAAUAUCAAGUAAAAAUAUUUCUUCAUAUCCCCCUUCAAGUGUAGAUAACUGGGGUUACCUCCAAUGGAACAGUAUUUAUAAUUUGCAGAAAAGGUUAAAUCUCUUAGAUAAAAAAUGUUUCUCUGACAGAUGUGAAUACAAAGUCGAUGAAGAUGAUGGCCAUUCAAGUACAAUGAUAGUUUACAAAAACGGUUCUUCCAGUUGGAAAGAUACUUACAUUGAACUGAGGGAGUCUCUGUCAAACAUGCGAAAUAUAAAUGAGCGAACUGACUUUUCAAAAAGAGUUAUUACAAUGCCUUACAUUUCAAAUAGUGAAUCUUUUGAAUCUUUUAUGAGGAAUACUUUUCAACAGAAAACAGAAUCUAAAACAAAAUAUGACAGUUAUGUUUGGAAAAAUAAUAUUUUUAACUGGCACGAAAUAUUAGCACUACAGCGAAUGAUAGAUUCAACAUUAUCAAACAUUAACAGAAUAGAAACAUCUAUGAACCAAUUAAGUUGGGAAAACUAUCUUGAACAAUUUCGAAGAUCCAAAAGAAUAAAUUAUUCUGACAGAACAGUUUAUAAAAUAAAUUAUGGAUUGGAAUUAAAGCCCCUGACUAUCUUUAAGGAUGGAACAACGGAGUUUGAUAACAAGAGAGUAACAUUCAGUGAAAUGUCUGAAAGAGUUAAAGAAAUGACACCACCGCAAGAUUCAGUACAACAAUCAAAAGAAGUUCAACACGUGAUCAAUCUUAAUAGUGGUAAACGCCAGUUUUAUUGGAAUGGAAGAUGGUUUGUAACUGACAAUACCCAUGUUUGGCCAUUUGAAGACCAGACUAGUUCGUUAAUGAGUGACACUUUUUUUAACACUCCUGAGGACAAAUCAGCCAAUAAAGAGUCAAUUAAACGACUUCUUAUCAAUAAUGGUAUGUUUGAAAGUUCAUUCCAUACUUAUGAAAAAAUGCCAUUCGAGAUAUUUACGGAAAGUGUUCUCAGAACUAGUACAUAUAUGAAGCCAAAUAGCAUUUAUCAGUGGGGGAAAACAUCAUUAAGCCUCAGUGACAUUAUUGCUAUGCUAAGAUUGUCUAAUUUCAAAUCUUAUAAAACACAGCCAUCCGAUUAUCAGUGGGGAGAGACUAACUGGUAUUCUAUUUACGAUAGAGUUAAGCAAGCACCUCAAAAGACUGUUAAUCAGAUACAAGAAUACAACAUCACUGAUUUUGACGGUUCUACAAACUUACUCCAGGUAUACAAAAAUGGAACUUCUAGGUAUAAAAAUGUAUUGAUAGACAGAACCGAAUCUUUAACAUCCAUUCAGAAUCUUAAUACAGAAUUAGACUUAUCACAAAAUAUCAUAAACUAUCCAUAUAAUGCACAAAAUGUUCCUUUUGAAACAUUUCUGAAUGAUGUCUUUGAUGAAAAAAUCAAUAAAAAUACAACUUACAGCAGUUAUACGUGGAGGGAUUAUACAUUUUCUUGGGACAUGAUACUAGCCAUCUACAGAGUGAUACUGUACAGAUAUAUCAACAAUAAUGAAAAAGGCCUUUCAUUUUCAGAUAUUGUUCUUCCAAUUUUAAAAUCCACCAAAGAAUUAUACCCGAAUAGUACUGUUCUUAAUGUCAAAUAUGAUGGUAAUACUAAGCCAAUAAUUAUAUUUUGUAAUGGUAGAACUCUCUAUGAUAAUGAAGAGUUGGAUUACAAAGAUAUGAUAAAGCAACUAAAAGAUGCAAAAAAGUCCUCUGGAUUAGUUUUUAGAGAUGAUUGGGAAAGUAUAAGACCCACUGAAAUACUGACAGGUACUACAGCUACGAUGACUGAAGUUAAGACUAAGAAGAUUACAACAUACAUAUCAAAAGAUGGAGAAAGAAUCACUGAAAAUGCUGCAGUUCCACAUAAUUAUGACUGGUCGCUAUUGGACUCAGAAAUUGCAGACAAUAAGGCGCACUAUCCCAUCAAUCUUGGUGCCACGAAAGUUCUUUUCUACAUGAAAGGUUUAUGGUAUAUUACAGAUGGUACUAACAUCUGGGGCUUUUAUGACUCUCUAACAAUAGAUUGCACCACUCGUUUAGUUAAACAAAUGGAACAAACUUUUCCUGACGAUCCUGAAUUAACAGAGACAGCUAUACAGAGAUUGAUUGAUGUCAAGACUGAAGAUGAUUCUGAGGACUUGACCGUUGGUUUGGUUAUGCCAUUUGAGCUCAUCGCUCAAAAGUUUCUUUUCUUUUACGAACACCGUAAGGAUAUGUAUAUUGAGUGCAAAUAUGAUUAUAAAAUGUACAGCAUUGAAGGUCCAGAGGACGUAAUUGCUAUCUUGAGAUUAGCAGCUUACAACGACUUUGCAACAUCUCACGUAGAGUUGAAUUGGGGAGAAGGGAGGAAAGUAAACUGGGAUUGGUUGGUAUAUGAGUUAGCGAGGUCACAAAAAAACAAAUCUCGUUAUUCCUAUACUUAUAAGUUUCAAUCUGGUAAAUUUGAAGAAACUCCAGACCUUAUAAUCUAUUUAAAUUCUUCUUCUUCGUGGAAAAAUCAAGAAAUAUCAUCAAACGAACUUUACAAAAAGUUGACAUAUGUUAACAUGUAUCAAGAUUUCUCAGUUGUCCAGGUAAACAAAGAGUUCAAAACCGAUGAUGACGCAUUUGAAAUAUUUAUUAAGAAAUCAUUAGAAAGGCGACUAAAUAAAAAACAAACGUUCUCUGAGUAUAUAUGGUCAGAUGAAACCUUUUCUUGGUAUGAACUGUUGACGUGUAUAAGGUACAGUGAUAUAUUCCCAAACGAUCUAAAAGGGUCUGCAUACUGGAAGACAGCUAUUAAAACUAUUUCAACUGCCCUGAGCUCUAAUUUUUCGGAUAAGAUUUUGUACACAUUUGACACAAAAGAAGGACGAGAAGAUAUAAUUGUUUACAUGAAUGAAUCCACUCUUGCUAAAGGAAUAUUCCUGACGGAGAUUCAACAGUACAUUGAUCGUUAUGAGGAUGGCUAGUGAUACAACACAAGAUUCCAAAAGUAAUUUCAAAAUAAAAAGUCCAUUUUUAUUUGGUAGCAUGAGUUCAA